AUGCCGCGCAGAGCUCACACGAAGUCGCGCUAUGGCUGCGACAACUGCCGGAGGAGGCGCGUCAAAUGUGAUGAGCAAGGCCCUCCGUGUACCAACUGCAUUGCGCGACAGCUGAGCGAUUGCAUUUACUCCAGGGUUGUACGCUCGACUUUAGUCCCAAAACCUCAGCAACAUCCAACCCCUGUGGGAAACAAUUACCCAAAUAUUCAGCCUCUGACUGGAGGGUCUCCAACCACUCCCACCAGCCCACUCACCGGCAAUCCUUCGGCGAUUGACGAGCUAGAGCUGAUGCACCAGUUUUCCACGGCGACAUACCAAAGCCUGUGUGUCAGCGAGUCUGAGACGCAUACCUGGCAGGUCCUCAUCCCCCGCCUCGCCCUCAAACAUCGGUUCCUCAUGAAUAGCAUUUUGGCUCUAGCCUCAUUGCACCUUGCCACCAAGUACGAGGGCCCCGAAGCCCUAGCGUAUAUCGACGCCGGGCUCGAGCACCACAGUUUGAGUCUAGAGCCAUUCCGCAUCACGAUAGAUAAUAUCACACCAGAUAACUGUGAUGCCGCAUUUGCACAGGCCGUUGUCACAACAGCUAUCAGCCUCGCCCUGCCCCAGCUAACCGCAGCCCGCGGGAACGCGUUCCGCAUGAUAGACAAUAUCCUCAUGGUCUUCGAGCUUCUUCAAGGGGUAAAGAAGAUUCUUACCAUCGCCAAGCCAUGGAUCAAGCUGGAGCUGUUCUCCCAGGGGAAGUUCUGGAAAAACGAGCUGGGCGACCUAGACAAAGACACCGAGAUCGCAUUGCACCAGCUGACACAUAUCAAUGAGGCGGAAGGCUUCCAGUCCGACUCGUCUCAUCCUCGUGUCAACAGAGAGGUAAUAAGCAACCUACGGCACUGUUUCAUGAAAUUCGCUUGUUCCCCGGAUCCGGCACCCGUGCUUGCUUGGCUUGCAGCGGUAGACAAGGAGUUUAUCGAUGAUUUGCGCCGGCGGGAAUCGUUUCCCCUAUUGAUUCUCGCCCACUGGUCGAUUCUGCUCAACGGGCUUGAUGAACAACGGUGGUGGGCUCGAGGCUCUGGAAGGAUGCUGAUAUCCGAAGUGGCGGAUGAACUGAAAUCCGAAGAACCCCUAUGGAACAGUGGGCUUGAAUGGGUCAAAUCAAAAGUGCCUGUAGAAUGUGGAAAUUCAUAUGGUAGUAGUCCCGUGGUGACUAAUGGGGCAAACUAA